AUGUCCCAAUUCGAGAUGCUCAGCGCCCCGACGAAGCCAUGUCACAACUGCCGCCGCCGCCGCCUGCGCUGUGACCGCUCCUAUCCCCACUGCCACAAGUGCACAGUCGGCGGACAGGAAUGUCUUGGCUACGGGAAGCUCUUCCGCUGGACAGAGGGUGUCGCCAGCCGCGGCAAGCUCGCUGGCAAGACGUCCAUUACCUUCUCGGCCGACACCACGAUCAUGGCACCGACGUCGCGGACUUCCACCCUCGAGCUCAGGCUCUCUUCCCCCUCUCCCGCCUCGGGCCCCCAGGGCCCGCCGGUACCUACCGACAGCGACUCCACCGCGCUCAUCGUCUCUGCCGUCCGGCCCGCCGGCACCGAGACCCAGUCGGCACCCUGGACCCUCGUCGACCCUCUCUUCCAGGGCGUGGAGCAUCACUACCGCCACUACCUCUCCUACUUCACCACGCGCGUCUGUAGGGAUCUCGUCUCCUGGGACCUCCCAGACAGGAACCCCUUCCGGUCCUUGAUCCCGUUGACGAAAGCGCACCCCUUGCUGCAGCACAUCAUCGUCGCCGCCUCCGCGGCCCACAUGUCUAAUUUGUCCCGGGCGCUAUCGUCAGAUCCCGAGUCCGAUCUAAACGCCCGGCAAGCCUUAACCGAUGCCCUGGUUGCCAAGCACAAGGCCCUGCGCCUGCUCUCCUCCGCGUUACAGGACAUUGGCGGCGUCGGCGGGGACGUGGUACUAGCUUCGGUGCUCUUCUUCGUCAACGUAGAGUUGAUCGAGAGCGGACACGGCGGUUGGAAGCCCCAUCUCGAAGGCGCGGGCCGAAUUAUGACUUUAUUGAACCCCGCUUCCACCGCAGACGUUGCCCUACGGGAUUAUGUUAUGUCGGAUUGCUUCAUCUACUAUAUCUUGGCCUCCGCCUUCAACCGUGAGACGCCAACGGCCAAGUCGUACUACCAAGCCUCCCAGGCCUCUGCCGUUCUUGGCAGAGCUGCCGCAAACAGCUAUCUUUGCUGCCCGCCUGAUGUUUUGCAAAUCUUCUUGGCAGCAUCGCAGCUGUCGAACCAACCUACAGACGACCUCGAGUCUGCGGCAUCCGUAGCCCAGGCCGCGGUGCAACUGCUAGAGCAGGCCUUGUCCUUCGAUACUCACGACUGGGCCUAUGAGCCGCGGACCAUUUCCUACUUCAAGCACAUCCCGGUAGAAAGCCGAAUUCAUGCCGGCUCCGCCCACCGGCUUGCUGCAUGCUUGUACAUUCUCCACGCUCUGCCGUCGGCUUCGAUCCUGGUGCCCGUUGACCGUGAAGAGUUGGACAGCCAGAUGUUCUACCACCUCUCCUGUAUCCACGACGAAGACCCCAAUUUCAAGGCGACGUGUUUGCCAACCUUCAUUGCUGGUGCUGGGACCUCCGAUCCAGAAAGACGAAAAUGGAUUCUCGACCGGCUGAAAAGACUUAUGAUUGCGACCCCCUGGGGCUUCAUCAUGACUGCCAUGGACACUUUGCAGACUAUUUGGAACCUCGAGGAGUCUGUGGAUCCAGACACGCAGACCGAGCGCACCUGGGUCCAAAAGCUCAGGGCUUCGAACCUCAAUUUCCUCAUUGUGUGA